AUGAGUAGCCAAGGUGCCGUCCUGUCUGAAGAGAGCCUGUCAUGCCCAGUGUGCCUGGAGAUAUUCAAAAACCCGGUCACCAUUCCAUGCGGCCACAACUUCUGCAUGGAUUGUAUCAGCAGCUGCUGGGACGAGGACACUGACUCAGACACCUGCAAAUGUCCGGAAUGCCGGCAGGAUUUUAGCCCCCGGCCCCCACUCGCCAAGAACUUUGUCCUGUGUAAGAUUGUGGAGAGGUUACUGAAACAGCCUGAGGACAGCUCCCCCGAGAGCGUGGCAGCUCCUGGUGAUAUUCCCUGUGAUUUCUGCACCGACAGCAAACUCCGAGCCAUCAAAUCGUGUACGGUCUGCAUGGCAUCAUUCUGCCAGCUCCACCUCCGCUCCCACUACGAGGACGCUGUCUUCCGGCAUCACCAGCUCGACGACCAGCUCAGAGACUUUGGCAAGAGGCGGUGCCCGGAGCACGGCCGCCCGUUGGAGUUUUACUGCCGCACUAACCAGUCAUGUCUGUGCAGCGUGUGUGCCAUUAAAGGGCAUCGAGACCACGAAACGGUCACCGUGGAGGAGGAGGUCACUGACAUCAAGAACCACAUUGAGGAGCGGCAAGUGGAAAUAGAGAGAGACAGACAGAUCACCCUGGGAGAGAUGGGCAAACUGAGGCACAGUGUGGAACUAUUUGAUGAGUUCCACAGCAGGGUGAAAUCCGACAUACUGCAGAAUUUUGCAGAGCUGAUUGAAAAUGUUGAGCAGGCACAGAGAGAGGUGAUGGAAAUGAUUAGCACGGAACAGAGGAACGGGAUCAGCCAGGCGAACAGGUUCAUGAGCCAAAUGGAACACAAGUGCUCCGAUCUGAACCGGGAGAAGCAGCAACUGGAAACAAUCUCCAGGCUCAGUGACAGCUUCCAACUCAUUCAGGAGUAUCACAGCACAAAGAUCACAGCUGCUCAGCAAGUGCUCUCUCACACACAGCUGACGGUGGACAUGAAACUAACAGAGCUCAGCAGAACAGUCGCAGAACUUUCAAACCUGGUGAAAACCCAACUGGUGAAAAGCACUUCACAUGGCACUGGGAAUGGACCCAUCCCAGAUGAUGAAAUGGAGGCCUCCUGGCCUCUGUUGGAGCUACCAACACAGUGCAUGUCCCGACCACUGGAGUCAGCAGCCUGUCAGACAUUCCUGCAAUAUGGUGAAGCACCUUGUCAAUGUGCACUGACUGCUCCACAACAGAAGGAUUACGCCUCCCCCUCGAUCCACAAAUCCAAUCAGCAUCUAUCCCACUAUGACGUGCCCGUGUUGGAAAGCACAGCAAGACAAUCCCAGCAAUUCAGUGAGCCCACGGCUAAACCACAGCACUGGAUCAGAGCAAGAGUGAGGCAGCCCACAGUGAGUCAGGGAGGAGCAGCCAGAAGUGACAUUACUGUCCAUCCUGAGACAUCUUCACGCAAGAGGAAGAGGCCAGUGGUGGAGGACGGCGAGACGCUACAGCCAUUCAAAUGUGGAUCUGACCAUAUGAAUCCCCAAGGCACCCUGGCACAGCAACUGGGAGGGUCUGGGAUCGGGAAACAGUCAGGGGUCCAGGAAGGGUCAGGGAUCAGUGCUGGGACAGGGUCAGGGGUAGAGUCAGGACUCUGGCAUGAAACAGCAGAUCCUGAAGCCAUUCGGAGAGACAUCCAGACUGGCUUCGGCCAAAUCCACGUUGACCUCACCAUGUUACAGCACUUCAUGCAGAGUGGCUGUGAGCAACUGAUUGAGCAGGUCUCCAGCCUCAUCAAUCUGCUGAUGACACUGCUGCAGCUGGUAGCCCCGUGUGCUCUCCACAGCUCCAGCAGCUCCAGCAGCUCCAGCAGCAACAGCAGCACCAGUAGCCUGUUGUACCAGGGCUCCCACCUGAGGCCAGAAAGCUGAAACCCACUGGGACCAGUUACAUCAGGCUCAUUGACACAAGGCACU